GUCGGCCCCAAACCAACGGAAUGGCGCUUAGCCCCCUGGGAAAUGUCGUGAUCCGAGCCAGGUUUGACUGCCUCUGAGAGGGGCGAGCUGUGGCGAAUGAACUACGACUCCCAGCAGCCCUCGCGCCCGCCGCCGCGGCUCUCUGGCUGGGGUGACCUUCGUGAUUCUCCUGUCAGAGUGCUUGGCUGGCCCGCGCGAGUGGGCGUGGAGAGUAGGGACGGGGCUGGAUGAAGGUGCCAGGGGCCCUGGACCUAACCUAAGAGAGCUCUGCUCUGGAGACCCACGCCGCGCCGCGCCGUUUCGGGAACCAGCAUGGAGAGUAGGUGCUACGGCUGCGCUGGCAAGUUCACCCUCUUCAAGAAGGAGUACGGCUGUAAGAACUGUGGCCGGGCCUUCUGUUCCGGCUGCCUUAGCUUCAGUGCAGCGGUUCCCCGGGCUGGAAACACCCGCCAGAAAGUCUGCAAGCAGUGCCAUGAGGUCCUGACCAGAGGAUCUUCUCCUGCCAAUGCUUCCAAGUGGUCACCACCUCAGAACUAUAAGAAAGCUUCUAUCUCAUGUCCUGCCAGGCGUGUGGCAGCCUUGGAAGCCAAGCAGAAGCCCAGCACUCCCCAGAGCCAUGGGCUGACCCAGCAAGACCAAGUCAUUGCUGAGCGCCUAGCACAGCUCCGCCAGGAGAACAAGCCCAAGUCAGUGCCCUCGCAGGCAGAGAUAGAAGCCAGGCUAGCUGCACUGAGGGAUGCACCCCGGGGUUCCAUCCCUUCCACCCAGGAGAUGGAGGCACGGCUUGCUGCACUGCAGGGCAGAGUUCCACCGUCUCACACCCCCCAGCUGGCACGUCAGCCAUCAGACACCAGGACGCAGGCGCAGCAGGCACAGGAUGUGCUGACACAGCUAGCAGCGGAGGUGGCUAUUGAUGCGAGCUGGGAACGAGGAGGCCCAGCCACCUCUAUCCAGAACCACCUCAACCAGGGGGGCCCAGGGGCCCAGAGCACCCGCUCCAAGGGGCAAGCCACCUGGUCCCUGGAGGAGGAGAAGGGGAAGCUGCUGGCUGAGGCAGAGGUCGAGCUUCGGGAGGAGAACACGAGGCAGGAGCGGAUCCUGGCCCUCGCCAAGCGCCUGGCUGUGCUGCAGGGACAGGACCCCGACAGAGUGACCCUCCAGGACUACCGUCUUCCUGACAGUGAUGACGAAGAGGACGAGGAGACAGCCAUCCAGAGAGUCCUUCGGCAGCUCACUGAAGAAGCUGCCCUGGAUGAGGCAAGUGGCUUUAACAUCCCUGCGGAGCCAACUCUCAGACCCCAAGCCCAAUCCUGCAGAGCAGAGCCCAAGGCCCAGGCUGUGGCUGCCAGGCCUGAGGCUGAGGAAGAGGAGCUCCCCUGGUGCUGCAUCUGCAAUGAGGAUGCCACCCUGCGCUGUGCUGGCUGCGAUGGAGACCUCUACUGUGUCCGCUGCUUCCGGGAAGGCCAUGAUGCCUUUGAACUUAAAGAGCACCAGACAUCUGCCUACUGCCCCCUGCAUAAAGGCCAAGAGCAUUGAGGGAACCCUGGUCCUCCCGGAAAGGCCAUCCUAUAGGCAAUCUCACAGGCUGGGGGGCCUUCCAGGGCACCUGAUGGGAGAGCACAACAGGGCAGACUGCUUAUGAAUGUGCCCUUUCCUGAGCCUCAGUCUCUGGAAGGAGGAAGGAUUCUCCAUUGGAGACCAUGACCGGAGGAGCCAGAGGGAAGGCAGAAGUCAGGAGUCUCCAGCAUUGACGUCUGGACUGGGAGUGAGGGGCAUGAUGGGAAGACCAGCCUGAAUCUAAGGAGGAGCCUUGAAACUUGCUUAAGGGCCCAGGGCCCUCCACUGGCACUUAGGAGAUUUAAUGAAGUAUGUUGAUUCAUUGGACCCAGCAUCUUUUAUCUAUAGAACUCUGUGAGUCCUGAGCCUGGGCCCUUGGAGAGGUGGCAAGAGCAGAGUAGGCUCUAAGUCCAGUCCUGUGGGGUGAGGAAAAAGGUUGAGCCAUCCCGCAAGCUUCUCCAGGCGGGAACAGUCACACCCAUCCUGGUGGUCUCAUAUACAGUUGGCGUGAAUAUUCAUUCUAUUGAACUGAACGGUGCCUCCUGCUCUGGCAGCCCAGCUCAGCCUCCAGGCCCCACCAUCUUGGAUUACUCAGCCUCUCUAGUACUCAAACACUGCAUGCGCAGACGAUGAAUGCAUACCCUGCUAGCAUCCUGCCUUACUUCCAAGGGAUGCCACCUCCAGGGCUCCUGUCCCAACCUGCCUGCCAUUCGGACCCAAAGUCUGUUUCCACCAACUCCUUUCUGAUCUGAUUCCUGGCCUCUCAGCCUAUAUCCUUUACACCCCUGUGCUUAGCCCUUGCUUUUUCUCUUUCUGCCUCUGACUUGGAGCUGACUUAAGAAAGAGUCCUCAGCCUGAGGCCUCCUGAAUCAUUUAGUGGGGGGGGAGGGUUUAGCUUUCCCUGAUGCCCUGAGACCCAGCUAGGUUUUUUUUCCUGUUACCUCACCUAUGGGUCUUUGCCACCUGGGCUCCUAUUGGUGAUGCCAGGAUGCUGUGUGUCUUAGCCAGAUGCCCUCUGCUUGGCCUUGGACCUUGCUUGAUGGUGAUUUCUCUGAUGCAGAACUGUGACCUUUAUCUUUGAAUUCUCAAGCCCCAGAUAGAUGGAUGGAUGGACAGACAGAUGGGUGAGGUAUGUGGAUACAGCCUAGUGACUCAGGAUGCUGGCCUAUGGUAUAACACUCUCUCCCUCCCCCAUCCCUCAACACAGAUAUGCUCCACACUCCAUUCAGCUGGGGCUCCUGAAGGUUUUAUCCACUUGGCUGCCAAGGAAAGCACUGGGCAACAUCCAUGACUGGCUCCCAGAAAGCCCAGCUGACAGGAACUAGCUGUGAUUGCACAUAGACAGGGGUGUCCAAAUGUCUCUCCUCAUUCUCCAUGUUCCUUGUCUGUGUCCCAAGGAGCUGUUUCCCUCUCAGCCCAGGAUCCAGGGGUUCAGAGCAGACCUGGCAGUGCUGAAACUGAUGAAGGUAGUCUCACAAGGCUUAUUUCUGAGGCCGACUGAGUCUCCGAAAUUUCUUGAGUUGACUGAGCAGCUCAGAGAUAAAAGGCUGAGAAAGAAACAGGGGUGAGAUCAAGGUAUGGGGUCACACCCACCCAACACACUGCUCUCCCUAAUCUCCACCUGACCCCAUCGCCUCAGAGUCAGGGAAGGGGAGAAGGACCCAGCACCCAGCUUUCCUCUUCACUAGCUGUGCCCCACUGGGUCUCCUCUUACCUCCAGACCAGCAGAGCAUCCCUUACCUCUGUGGGGCGGGGGCAGUUUUGGAGAAUAGCCUAGUGGAAGAAAGCAAAGAGUUGGUCCUGGAGCCACAGCACUUUUUCAUGAGACCUCAGUCAGUCUCCCAGCAAUUCUCCCCUCUAAACUGGUUCUCCCCACACUGGAUGCAAGGGCAGAACCUGGGUUCUUGGGUUCCCCUUGGUCCAAGCCCAGCUUCCAUCCCCCAACCCCUGGGCCUGGGGCCCAGCUCCCCGCACCCCCCCCCCCCAUUCUACCUCCAACUGAGUGUGCUGCUCCUCUGUGGAUAGUUCCAUGAGAGCCUCCAGGUCGAUCUCAGGCUCAGAAGGAGUUGAUUGAUCCUGUUUGGGAAUCACAUGGGGCUCAGAGGAGCCUGGCCAGCUGGUGCUGGAGUAAAAGUUACUGUCAGGGGUUCACCUAUCUCCUACUCUAUUUGCCAUGUUCAGUUCCUUUCCUCAGCUUACUCAAACCACCCAUUCAUCCUUCCAUUCAACAGUUACUGAAUACCUACUAUGGUCUACCUGAAACAGUCUAGGGUUCUUUAAAAAGAGUAUCUGUUUGGGGCUUCCUAGGUGGCUCAGUGGUUGAGAAUCCGCCUGCCAAUGCAGGGGACACGGGUUCGAUCCCUGCUCUAGGAAGAUUCCCACAUGCCACGGAGCAACUAAGCCCAUGAGCCACAACUACUGAGCCUGUGCUUUAGAGCCCGUGAGCCACAACUAUUGAGCCCAUGUGCUGCAACUACUGAAGCCCACGUGCCUAGAGCCCAUGCUCCACAACAAGAGAAGCCACGGCAAUGAGGAGCCCGCGCACCACAACGAAGAGUAGCCCCCACUCACCGCAACUAAAAGAAAGACCAUGCACAGCAAAAAAAAAAAAAAAAAAAAAAAAAAAAGACCCAACA